AUGCGAAUGAUCCUCGCGCCCGUCCUUGCCCUUGCGGCGAUCGCUCUCGCGCUCGCCGUCCCCGAGCACGUUGUCCCCGAGCACGUUGUCCCCGAGCAGGCCCUCGUUGAAGUUGCUGCUCCCAUCGCCAAGUCCAGCGCCAUCACCUUCAAGGCUGCCAACGGCUCUGAUGUCGUGGUCCACGUCGCUCCUGGCGUGUUCAUGACUGACGAUGUCACCAAACUCCCCAAUGAUCUCGGCAAGCAAUUCAAGAUUCAGAAGACGCCUCAGCUUAUGGAGCUUUGCACCGUUCGUGCCAGCCAGAAAGACAAUGGCGACAACGGCACUCCUCUUCGCUCUGAUUGCCAGACCCUCUACGAUUUCUCUCACAGCCACCCCUUCUUCGUCUACUUCGAUAACAAAGUUGACCUCAACCGCUGGAUCGAGCUCAUCUAUGUUGGCUCUUGUGCCUACCACACUCUCACAGCCCACCGCAACGUCGUCUUCUCCAGCGGCGAUAUUGCCAACUUCCUCGACAGAUCUCUGAGUCGCAAGGGUUGGACCAACAACGGUCGCAUGUCGGCUUCCGGUGAGGCUGAUUGCGCAGUGUAUGAAGGUGAUUCGGGCUUUGCUCCUGUCUUCUGGAGACUUCAACAGCGCGGAUCUGUUUCCUCUGCUUUCCUCCUGGCUAACGACGCCUUCGUCCCUGACAACACCACCACCACCCUCAAGACUCGCGCCAUCAAGCAUGAGAAGCCUCUUAUCGUCCAUGCUCUCGACGAUAUCCCCAGAAACACCUCCGCCUUUGUCUUCAAUGACGAGGUCCACGGCAUCAAUACCGCCGAAAUCAAGACCUACUCCAAAAACCAAAACAUGGCUAAGCGAUUCAACUUGGUCGUGGGUGGUCCACCCGAUGGCCCCUACUGCGUUCCCGCUUGGCUGUCCUCUGAAUGGAAACAGCCCGACCACCCCGUCAAAUCAGACUGCGAGAAGCUCUUCGAAUUCCUCAAGGUCAACGCUGCUAAACUCGAGUUUAAGGAAAAAGACCAUAACAAAAUGAUCAAAUUUACCGCCCAUGAGACCUGUGCCCUCGGCUUCAUCCCCACGCAGAACAGUUUUACGAUUUCUAACCGUGACAUGGUCGGCUUCCUCGAGCGCAUGCUGAAAUGGGAUGGAGCUAAAUUUGGACCCGAUCACAUCCUUGGCAAGAUGGGAGUUCAGUGUGGCUUCAAGAAAGACAUCCCGAACCAGGGUGAGUUCCACCUCUUCUACCGCGAUCCCAAGGCAGCCGGCGAGGGCCAUGUCGACCCCCCCGACAACGGCGGAAACCGCCUCGUUCCUACUGUCCACUCUAGACAGAUUGAGCAACAAGGUGCAAUAAUGGUCGAGCCCGGCUCCCCCGAGGACAUGACUGCUUCGGCAGAAAUAGCCAUGAUCCCUAGCGACACGGACACCUCGCUGAACUGGGUUGAUGUCACUGUCACCGACAACACCGGCGCCAACAUCACGGUUCAGCUCAACGCCAACCUCCUGGAUAUCUCGCGCUCCAGUGACAAGAAGCUUGACACCAGACUGGAGAGAUGGGAAACCCCCCUCGGCCCCUCCAAGCGCUGCACCGGCAAGAUCAGUUUGUUUGGCGGCGCCAAGCCUGACUCGCCUCUCAUUGCCGACUGCACGAAGCUCCGCAAUUUCAUGUCUAUCCGUCGCUUCUACUUCAGAUUCAACAAGGAGGAAUAUGGUAACGGUCACGCCACCCCUCUUGCCAAAGUCGACUCCUGCCACCUUAGCUGGUGGCCCUGGGGUCGGGAUGUCCUCGUCGGCAACAUGGACAUUGACAUCCUUUUCACUCGCGCCUUGGCCCUGUACGACCCCACCCAGACCCGAAUGCGUCUUUGGGGCUUUGAGAACUGUGACUUUGCCGACCAGUUCGGCGACAAGUGGCCCACCAAGUUCUACAUCUACUAG